ACUAGUAAAUAACUGAAUUAAAGGUCAACAAUGGUUCGUUACGCUGCUACUCCUGCCAACCCAGCCAAGUCUGCUUCUGCUCGUGGUGCUUACUUAAGAGUUUCAUUCAAGAACACCAGAGAAACCGCUCAAGCCAUUAACGGUUGGAAAUUAGAAAAGGCUCAAAAAUACUUGGACCAAGUCUUAGACCACCAAAGAGCCAUUCCAUUCAGAAGAUACAACUCUUCUAUUGGUAGAACCGCCCAAGGUAAAGAAUUUGGUGUUACCAAGGCUAGAUGGCCAGCCAAGUCCGUUAACUUCGUUAAGGACUUAUUAAGAAAUGCUCAAUCUAACGCUGAAGCCAAGGGUUUAGACUCUUCCAAGUUAGUUAUUUCUCACAUCCAAGUUAACCACGCUCCAAAGCAAAGAAGAAGAACUUACAGAGCUCACGGUAGAAUUAACGCUUACCAAUCCACUCCAUCCCACAUUGAAUUAACCUUGACUGAAGAAGAUGAAGCCGUUGAAAAGGCUGCUGAAACCAAGAAGGUUAGAUUAAACACCAGACAAAGAGGUAGAUUGGCUUCUCAAAAGCGUUUAACUGCUGCUUAAAUUUCUUUUGUCAUGUCCAAAAUAUAAUAAUGAAAAAAUAAUAUAAGAAGCAAAAACCAACCAUCACACCAACCUACUCCCUAUGAUUUGGAAUCAGUGUACAAUUCAAUCAACAUUUCCCAAUAAUAUAUAAUACAUAUUAUAAAUAUAUAUUAUCCGUGU